CCGGCGGGGAGGCGGGGGAGGUGUUUUCCAGCUUUAAAAGGGCCGGAGGCAGAGCGCGGCCCUGCGUCAGAGCGAGACCGGGAGGACUCCGAACUCGCCGGCGCAGUUGGCGCGCCGGAUCCGGCGGCCGGGCGCGGGCACCGGGGCGCGAGAGCACACCUCCGAGCCCCCGCCACGCCGCCAGCAAGCGCGGGCCCCAGGGCCGCGGCCGGGCCCGCCGCGCGCGCGCCAGCCCCCCAGUGACAGCUCUCCGGGCGCGCGUCCGCCGGGGCAGGGGGCUGCCCUCCCGGGGGACCCGGCCGGGGCGGCGGCGCCGAGCGCCCGCGCCUCGCGCUCCCCUCUCGCGCUCCCUGCUCCUCCUGCGCCCCGCCGCCGCCGCCGCCGCCGCCGCGUGGAUGCCAAGUACCAGAUUUCCAGCCCCUUCCAAGUUUCCACUCGGCCCUCCGGCCGCAGUCUGCGGGAGCGGAGAAACUUCGGGGCCCGCGCCGCCCUCCGGCGGCACCAUGAAGUCGGCGGAGGAAGAGCACUAUAGUUACGCGACCUCUAGCAUCAGCUCUGCUCUGCCUCCCGGCUCGGCUCGCCCCUCGCUGCCAGCUCCAUGCCACGACCUGCAGACCUCAGCGCCAGGCAUGCCGGCCGCUGCAGCAAGUCAGCCCCCGGGCUAUGGGGGGGCAGUGGACAGCAGGCCCUCGAGCUGCUUCCUCUCCUCCGGCCACGUCCGGCCCAACGGGGCCCCCGCCCUGGAGAGUCCUCGCAUCGAGAUCACCUCGUACCUGGGACUGCACCACGGCAGCAACCAGUUUUUCCACGACACGGAGGUAGAAGACGUCCCUCCCGGCUCCCAGCGACCCCCGUGCACGGCCACGCUGGGUCUGCCCGGCCUGGAGGCCUACCGCGACCCCUCCUGUCUGAGCCCGGCCAGCAGCCUGUCGUCCCGUAGCUGCAACUCCGAGGCCUCGUCCUUCGAGUCCGGCUUCUCGUACCCCUACGCGUCCCCGCAGACGUCCCCGUGGCAGUCGCCCUGUGUGUCCCCCAAGGCCACGGACCCCGAGGACGGCUUCCCCCGUGGCCUGGGGGCCUGCGGCCUGCUCGGCUCCCCCAGACACUCGCCCUGCACCUCGCCCCGCGCAAGCGUCACGGAGGAGAGCUGGCUGGGGGCCCGCACGUCCCGGCCCCCGUCCCCCUGCAACAAGAGGAAGUACGGCCUCAACGGCCGGCAGCUGGCCGGCUCCCCGCACGCCUCGCCCACGCCGUCCCCGCGCGGCUCGCCGCGGGUCAGCGUCACCGACGACACCUGGCUGGGCAACAGCACUCAGUACACCAGCUCCGCCAUCGUGGCCGCCAUCAACGCCCUCAGCACCGACAGCAGCCUGGAGCUGGACGGCGUCCCCGUGAAGGCGCGCAAGACCGCCCCGGACCACUGUCCCUCCGUGGCGCUCAAGGUGGAGCCGGCGGGCGAGGCCCUGGGGGCCACGCCGCCCCCGUCCGAGUUCCUGCCCGAGGAGUUCCUGUCCUUCCAGCACAUCCGGAAGGGGGCCUUCUGCGACCAGUACCUGUCGGUCCCGCAGCAUCCGUACCAGUGGGCCAGGCCCCGGUCCCCGGCAGCCCACGGCAGCCCGUCCCUCCCCGCCCUGGACUGGCAGCUGCCGUCGCGCUCGGGACCCUACGAGCUGAGGAUCGAGGUGCAGCCCAAGCCCCACCACAGAGCCCACUAUGAGACGGAGGGGAGCCGGGGGGCCGUGAAGGCGUCGGCCGGAGGACACCCCAGCGUGCAGCUACACGGCUACUUGGAGAACGAGCCACUCACACUACAGCUGUUCAUCGGGACGGCCGACGACCGCCUGCUGAGACCCCACGCCUUCUACCAGGUCCACCGGAUCACGGGCAAGACCGUCUCCACCACCAGUCACGAAGCCAUCCUCUCCAACACCAAAGUCCUGGAAAUCCCACUGCUGCCGGAGAACAACAUGCGAGCCAUUGUGGACUGUGCCGGGAUUCUGAAGCUUCGAAACUCGGACAUUGAGCUGCGGAAAGGGGAGACGGACGUCGGGAGGAAGAACACCAGGGUGAGGCUGGUCUUCCGGGUCCACAUCCCACAGCCCAACGGCCGGACGCUGUCUCUGCAAGUGGCCUCCAACCCCAUCGAGUGCUCCCAGCGGUCGGCCCAGGAGCUGCCCCUCGUGGAGAAGCAGAGCGCAGCCAGCUGCCCCGUCCUCGGCGGGAAGAAGAUGGUCCUGUCUGGCCACAACUUUCUGCAAGACUCCAAGGUCAUUUUCGUGGAGAAAGCACCAGAUGGUCACCACAUCUGGGAGAUGGAGGCGAAGAUGGACAGAGACCUGUGCAAGCCGAACUCGCUGGUGGUCGAGAUCCCGCCUUUCCGCAACCAGAGAAUAACCAGCCCCGUGCAAGUCAGCUUCUAUGUCUGCAACGGGAAGAGAAAGAGAAGUCAGUACCAGCACUUCACCUACCUUCCUGCGAACGCUCCUGCCAUAAAAACAGAGCCCACCGAUGAUUACGAGCCUGCCCUGACCUGUGGACCAAUGAGCCAGGGCCCGAGCCCACUCCCCAAGCCGUGCUACAGCCAGCAGCUGGUGAUGCCGCCUGACCCGGGCUCCUGCCUGGUGGCUGGCUUCCCACCCUGUCCACAGAGGAGCACCAUGGUGUCACCGCCCCCCAGCACCAGCCCGAAGCUCCACGACCUCUCCUCCGCCACCUACAGCAAGGGCAUGGCCAGCCAGGGCCACGGUCACCUCGGACUUCAGCGGCCGGCCGGAGGGGUCCUCACCGUUCCGGAGACGCCGAGACCCGUGGGCGUGCACCCCGGCCCCCCCCAGCAGCCGCCUCCCGCCCUGCUGCGACCACAGAGCCGACCUGUUUGCAGUCCUGCAGCCCCACCCACCCAUCCGAGAUGGGCCGCCAGCAGCACCGACUGCCGAAGGCUCCGAGGAGCGAGUCCGCAGCCCCCCGGCCUCUGCUGCUGCCCGAGGUGCAUGAGGACAGUAAUCAUAGUCUGGCCCCCAUUCCCGUAACGGUCAAGCGAGAGCCUCAGGAGCUGGACCAGCUGUACCUGGACGACGUAAAUGAAAUAAUACGGAACGAUCUCUCCAGCACCAACAUCCGAUCAUAGCUGCCCACACGGAACUCACUCGGAAGCCGCGCGGUGUCGGCUUGGCCGCUGACGGUCAAGCUCCGACACAGGACUUCUGAGUAGACCAAACACAUCCCUGGUGCCCGUCAGAACUCCAGCUUACUGAAGAUUUGCAUCGUACGCUCAAAGAAGUAGCUCUGUGACAGGGAGGACGGACCGAAGGGGGCAGGGAAGCGAGUGCGCCUCUCGCGGGGCCCCCCGGGGCACCCCCGGACUUCAGGACUGGAAGUGCCUUAUUAAUCAGACCCCAGCAUCAGGGCGCCAUAGGAUGGAGCACUGAGUCUGCCACCAGGAGGGUAUUUGUAGGAGCAAAAGCUAUAAAGACGCUUCAUCAUGAGGCUUUCUCUUUUGUAUAAAUUAGGAGAAUACUGGCAAGCUAGGCAUUGUGAGAAAAACCUAACACGCGCUUCCUGCUUUUUAUCAGCUUCCCUUGGGCUGCAAAGUGCAGCCUGUUGCCUUAUUCAGCGCAUUUUAGGGAUUUUUUAUUCUGUCCUUUCUGGCGUCACCAGCUCCCUCCCCUGCGUUACCGAAACCAUAGGAUUGUUAAUUGUAGCAUGCUAGGGUUUUGUUUUUAAUCUGGCUUCGAACGUAGCGCAAGUAAGAUGAUAGCACAAGAUAUGUUGCUGGACAAAAAAAGAAGUCUGUCCGCCGCAGGACAGAUCUUGCAUUUGCAUGGAUGUACCGUUACAGGCACAUAUUUAUGUACAGAUAAAGAAUGACAGAGUUGGUGAUGUGCGGUCUUUGCCCAGCAAGGGCUGCCGAGUUAGCAAUAACCCGUAUCCGUUCUGGAAAACGCAUCUAAGACAAAAUCUGGCUUUUCAGCUGCGUCCACGGGGGUGCAUCUCCUGUCCUCCGGGUCCGCGUUGUCUUGGGCGGCGUCGCCGGCCGAACUCGUCAGAAAGCCAGGAGAGGCGUUCUUGAUGCCCAGAUGUUACCAAACAGCAGAUGGGAAAGCAACUGUAAAUAACAUCACGAAAGGAGUGUAAUAUAUUUGUUCAGCUGUAAGAUUAUUCCUUCACAGAAGCCUUACAACUCUGGUUCGUCUAAGAAAACAGUUACCAAAAAUGUUUUAAUGCGCAGCAUUUGUAGUUCGUUCCCGAUUAGUUACUGUUAACACGUAGGUUAGCUAAGCUCUACUGCUCCCCCUGCAUCUGUACAAUUAACAGCUUAUUACACGUUAUUACUCGCCGUGACCUGUUGUUUCACAUAACCAAAAAGCAUGGUUUAAUUAAACAUGUUUAACCCGAUAAUUGUGCCUUAGGAAUUUAUGCCCCCUCCUGGAACAUGCCUGAAUUGCACCCUCGGGUGGAGGAUGUAAGUUACAGGAAUUAAACAUGAUGUUAUGGUGGAGAAAGCCCUCCCUCAGAAUUAUUUUUAAAAUGUUCUUCUGUACAAUUAUGUGUCAUCGUUGUUGGACUCCCAGAAAGAACACAAACCUGAAAAUAUUUGUAGCAUUUGCACACAGCUGUGAAGAGCGACGGCAUAGGGCUCCUCACAGGCCACGGCCCCGCCUGCCACCUAGACCUUAGCCUGCACUUAGCCCCCCAGGACUCGCAUGAAACUCUUCUCAGUAAGCUGUCUAUGGAAAGGAACUGUUUGGCAUCUGUGUCCGCUCUCCUUGUAGCUAGGAAAUAGACCCAAUAAAGCAGUAUUUUUUUGCUGGACAA